AUGUCCUUGAAAGAUCAUGUCGCGACCAUCAUGACCAACUGGCAUCUUGAAAAAGCUACAGAUUGCAUUCCACCUCCACUAUGGCCCGGACAAUAUUUUCCUCAAUGGGGCGCCGAUAUCAUCAUGCUUUUAAGCCAGAUCUCGUCAACGCGUGGCGCUACCCUUCCAGACUUCACAACAAAAUUGAGAGAGGCUGUCAAACUGCGCCAACAAAAGAACAAGUCUGCGACUGGGAGAACGAGCCGGGUCAAACCUAUAGAUCUGAAAGCCGUUUUGAAACAAUAUGAAAGAGAAGCCGAGACGACAGGAGCUGGGGCAGCAAGUCCGGUAUCAAACGCAAAGGAAAGGAAUGGAGGCCGCACGACCCGUAAUACCCGUAUACAGGUGCCCAAAACACCCGUAAACCACGACGACGAGGAUGAGGAAGAGGAGGAAGAAGGUUCAUCCGAGCCCCUCGCCGGCGGAAAAUACCAAUACCUCAACGGCGUGCGACCCGUCAAAGUCGACCUGAACCCCGAUGCAUCAGCUGUGAAGAAGCCAACGCGACCCAAACCACCACCAAGGGGCAAGAGACGGAAAGCAAACGAAGCCGCGAAUCCUGGUCCUCAAGUAGUCGAACUCCCAACUUUAGUGCAUCAAGAUCCCGAUCCCCGGGUACCGGAUGAUACGGGUUUUCUGUCGGAUCUUGAAGGCAAUGAGGUGAAAGAGAAGGGCAAGAAGAGGAAGAAACGACUUUCGAGACUUGAGCAGCAAAGAAUUAGGGAACCGCAUUGGCAGUUGGAUAACGAUAACAUUACUCUUGAAGUUUUGACUCCUACUCGGCCUCUCGAUGCUCCCGGUGUUGAGGAUGAAGACGAAGCUGUCAGCUUGCUCAAAUCUCUACCUAACCUACCCGCGAAUGCGACGGCAACGGAGAAGAGGGAAUUAGAGGAAUUGAAGUUGAGCAUGGAGCAACGGAUAUGGCGGAUCAAGGUUUUGAGGAUAGAAGAGCGGGUUCAGAAUGAAGGGCUGGGGAGACGAGAAGAGAAAGGCGAGGAAGAACAAAGUGGGGAUUCUGAGGAGAACGCUGGUAGAGGCGGCAGGUUGUCGAGGAUAGAAGAGCCGGCUCAAGACAAAGAGCGGGUCAGGCGAAAAGGGACCAAUGGUAAUGUAGAGGAUGAUACAACUAGAGGCGGCAGGGUAUUGAGGACCCGUAGGGGGAAGUAG